UUCUAUCUUUGUUCUCAAAAUGGCAACCACUUCAAAAAGACUAGCGGGGAAAGUAGCAGUGAUAACUGGAGCAGCAAGGGGUGUUGGAGAGUGUACUGCAAAGCUCUUUGCUGAACAUGGGGCAAAAAUCGUCAUCGCGGACAUCCAAGACGAACUUGGUCAAGCGGUUUGUGAGGCCAUUGGCUCGUCAAACUCCAUAUACGUGCAUUGUGAUGUCACCAAUGAAAAAGAUGUCGAAAAUGCCAUAGAUACUGCAGUGGCCACUUAUGGGAAACUUGACAUAAUGUUCAAUAAUGCAGCAGUAAUAGACCCUAACAAGGAUCGCCUCAUCGACAAUGAAAAAACAGACUUUGAGCAUGUGCUCAAUGUCAAUGUCACAGGCGUCUUUUUAGGCAUGAAACAUGCCGCUAGGGUUAUGAUUCCAGCACGAACUGGCUCGAUAAUAUCAACUGCUAGCGUUUGUUCAAGUAUUGCUGGGGUGGGCUCACAUGCUUACACUUGUGCAAAGCAUGCUGUAGCCGGUUUGACCAAGAAUAUAGCAGUUGAGCUUGGACAGUUUGGCAUUCGAGUAAACUGUUUGUCACCUUAUGGAAUGGCCACACCAAUGGCCACAAGUUUCUUGAGGCUUGAAGUGGAAGCUUUUGAAAACAUGAUGAACUCAGUUGGAAACCUUAAAGGUCCAACACUCAGAAGCGAUGAUAUUGCUAAGGCUGCCCUUUUUUUAGUGAGCGACGAUGCUCAGUAUAUUAGCGGACACAAUCUAUUCGUUGACGGUGGGUAUAGUAUUGUUAAUCCAUCAUUCGGCAUGUUUAAAUAUCCAGAGAAUCCUUAAUCAAGAUUUACGUGAGUCACCUACGUCCAGUACCGAAAGUGAUAAUAAAAGUGGGCUUUUGAUUUGAUCAAAGUAGAGAAGCUCGCCUUCUUUAUGA